AUGGCUUCUGGCCUGGCCUCAUUCGAUCCUCCUAGGACGCCGCCAACGCCUGCAACUCUGCCGCCAGGACUCGGCGACGAGGACGACGGCCGUUUUGUUUUCACAUGCGACGAUUACGACGGGACUGCCAAGUAUCCCGAUGCCAAUGCCGAUGCCGAUACCAACGCCAAUACAAAUACCAAUAAUACCAAUGCCAAUCUUCGCGCGGCAGCCGCGUUCCCAGAUCCCGAUCGCUUCCUAGCAACGUCCCCUCGAAGCAGCCCCGCCGCCUUCCUCCAUCCUCACCACGUCCCCUCGUUGCGUCCCCGGACGCCCGAGUCGGCCUUCACCAUGUCUGAAAACGGGCUCGCCAAUGGUCAUGGCGCUGGCUCAGAUGCGCCUGCCGCAAGGAACCCCUUCAACUUCGAGACGCAAUUCAUCGCAACUGCGCCCGUCAAGUCUAACAUUGGACAACGGCGUGGCCAUCGCUACAAACACAGCUCUAUAAGUGUGCAGCACUCCUUCUUCCAGGAACCCCCACCACGGCCUCCCCCUGUCCUGCCCGCCUCGCUCCCCAUACCGACGAUGAAAGAAGCAUGGGGUAGCAUGCAAACAAAUCAACGCGCCCGGCUAUAUUGGAGCUGCUGCCAUGCGGCGGUAGCCGUGUACAUCUUCUUCAGCGCCGAGGACUCGCUGGCCAUGACGGCCCUCUCGCAUCUGGUCUUCUUCGACGUCGGGUCCGCCGCCGUGUGCGUAGCUGUUGACGUGCUUGGGAACUUUGAGGUGUGGCGGCGGUCUAGCAUCCGCCACCCGUUCGGGCUGCAGCGGGCCGAGGUGCUCGCCGGCUUUGCCAUGUCGGUCUUCCUCGUCUUUGGCGGCUUCGACCUGUUGUCGCAUAACCUCAAGCACGUGCUCGAGUCUGUCGGCGAGCAUGCCCCUCACCAUCCACACACGCACGGAGGCGGCGGCGCCAGCUUCGUUAACGCGCGCGCGUACAUCACUCCGGGCACUGUCGACACAGCCAGCCUCGCCGCAGUCGUGAGCACCCUCGUGAGCGCGUACGGCCUUCGAAACCAUAGUCGCAUCCGCCGCGUCAUGCGCGUGCCUCUCCCUUAUCUCAGCAGCAUCCUUCCCGGAUCCGGUAUUCUCGCCAACCCGUUCCACUUCCUGACGCUCUGUUUCUCCUUUCUGAUGCUACUGCUUCCGCUCGUCAGCAUCCCCUACUUUGUGUGGCUCGACAGUCUCAUCUGCGCCGCCAUAGCUGGGAGCAUGUUUGUCCUAGGUACGCGGCUAGCUAUUGCACAAGGUCUCAUGCUGCUCAUGAGCUACAGCGGCUUACAGGAGCCUCAGCAGCUAAAGCAGCAAAAAACAGAUAGUAGCGUCGGCGCGAACAACAGUAGCGUCUCCGCCGUAGUGCAGGAGAUAGAGGCCGAGCCCCAGGUUGCCCGCGUCGAAGAGGCACAGUUCUGGCAGGUGCAUUAUGGUCUCGCCAUGGCGAACCUCAAGGUCUGCCUCGUCCGUGGCUUGGACGACUCGGCGCUCAGCCAACUUCGAAGUCGUUUGGCUAGGGUUGUUCAGAACCGCCUCGGCGAGGGCUACGGCCGCGGGGGGAACCUACGCUGGGAGGUCACAGUCCAGAUGAGUGCGGAUAGCGGGAAUUGA